AUGAGCAACACACCCGUCCAGGAGGAGGCCCAGGAGCUGCCUGCUCAGGAAUUGUCCUCCGGCAGUGGGCAGACUUUACCCUCCCGACCCUUACAGCCAACCUCUGAGCCCUCAUCUUCUAAAAGAGUAUGUUUCUACAAAAGUGGUGACUAUAAAUUCAGUGGGCAUCACAUGGUCAUCAAUGCCCGCACUUUCAAGACAUUUGAUGCUCUGCUAGAUGCUCUGUCCAAAAAAGUGCCACUGCCAUUUGGAGUGAGGACCAUCACCACACCUCGCGGGACCCACCUGGUUAAGGCUUUAGAUGGCUUGCAUGAUGGGGGAUCGUAUGUGUGUUCUGAUCAGAAACGGGUGAAGCCAUUUAACCUGGAUGAAGUGAACCGGCGGCAGGUACCGUGGAAUACUACCAGACCCUUCAGCGCAGGGCGACGAAAACGUCAAGGACCCAAGUUUGGCAGAAGGAAUGAAGUCGCCACCAACAGACCAGCAAAGGUCACUGAUAAGGUGGCAGUACGGACACCAAAGAGGCUUGUGGUCAUCAAGAAUAGGGAUCCCAAGGUUAAACGCACAAUUGUGUUGCAAAGAAGAACAGCACCAACAUUUGAUGCUUUAAUGGAUUACCUUUCCCAAAUUCUGCAGUUCCCAGUGCUGAAAAUCUUCUCUACAGAUGGCAGAAGACUCGAUAGUCUUGCAGGACUUAUCCUGUGCUCUGGAGUUGUUGUGGCAGCGGGCAACGAGCCAUUCAGAUUAGGAAACUACAGUUUUCAAGGAGCGGGCCAGAUGGCACAAAUAAACAGCUCUCGAAAUGGAAGCGCAAACGGCCACCUGCUUCACCACAACGGAUCAUUUGAAACGGAGGUCAACCAUCGUCACAAAUCAACAGAGACACGUGGAACUGGGAGGGUAGAUAACGAGCAUCAUGCUGGCAUUGUACCUCAGGACGAUGACAUUGAAAAGUCUUUCCGUGUGAAUCAAGAUGGCAGCAUGACAGUGGAGAUGAAAGUUCGUCUGACCAUUAAAGAGGAGGAGAUGCUCCACUGGACUACCACACUCAGCCGCUCCAGCCUUAGCAAGGGGACAGUUUGUGCCUCGAUAUCUGAGUCGGGCAAUAGCUCACUUGACUUAAACAACGCUGUUGCCAAAGAUUCCUCUAGCUUCAGUGAAGAUGAAGCAAAAGAGGAGAAUCAUCCCGCUGGAGCUGGAAAGGUUGUCGGCUUUAACGACGAGCGAGCAUAUGAGGGCUACACUUCCACGGCCUUGGGAGAAGCAAAAACUCGUUUUAAAUGCACUCCUACGCCAGGUCCUCGGCAAGUUACGAAGAAGGCGUCUGUUGAGAGUGUGAAGACAGUGAGAGACUCAGGGGUUCAGAAGAGCACACUGGGACAUUAUUCCUACAUGGAGAGGACGGCUGAUGGUGAGACAACUGAAGGAUACUGUGUUGUCAGACACAGCAGCAGCAGCAGCAGCAGCAAAAGGCCAAUCCCAAAACCUCGGAAAACAGCGUCUGUAGGGGCGAGCAACAAAGGCUCCCACUCCUCUAUUAGUUCGUCAGGAGUAGCUGAGGUCCUUCAGAUACAGAAUAACGGGAUGGAGGUUACAGAGACUGUGAUGCAUAUUUAUGAGAGUCAAGGCUGCUACGACAACUAUUUUGCAAAUGAGAAACAUAGCACAGAUGGUGAACCUUCGCAAUGUUCCACUCCAGUGCCAGAAAGUAAACCAUCCAUUGACUCAGGGCAGCGUUCAACCAGCAAUGAUUGUGAUAUAGAUUUUAACUGGCAGCCACCCACAAGUGACUCACUACAAAGACAGAAAGAGGAGAUGUUAUCAUUGUCAUCAGAGCCAACCCCAACACAUGAGAUCAUUGCAACAAACUCCCAAAUACAGGAGACAGUAAGAAAAGACAAAACUAAAUGUAAGACAAAGAAAAAGAUGAUUAAACCUGCUCGGAAUCAGAAGAGUUCAACUUCAACAAGCAGCCCAGGUAAAAAACAAAAGGAAAGCAUUGUAAGCCCCUCAAACAAUAGCAAACAUUCACCUCCAGACAAGCUCAGCAGCAAUGCCAGUGUGGAAAAAAAGGCUUUAAGUUCAUCAGAAAGUGCUAGAAGUGGUCAAAAGAGUAGAGGAGCAGAAAAGUCUCAAAUUAAGAAAGUGAGUACAGAUGAAAAGACGUUAAGGAAGGAGGAAGCCUUAAAAAUGACUACACCUAAGGGACAAAACGUGAGUAAAGCAGCUGCUAAAUAUAAUGGCCAUAAUGUAAAUACUCCAACUGGAAGGCCUCAAAUGAAGAAGAACAUGUCAGACAUUUUACAACCCAAAAAAUCACUUUAUCCUGACAAAAAGACAAUUAGCAAGCCCAAAGUCAUGACUGGAAACAGAAUACCAUCACCUAAAAAGUCUUUACAGUUGAGUGAGAGUUUUUCAAUGCCCUCUCUCAAUCCUUCACCCUCUGAAAUCCACCAAUAUGUUGAGAACUGGUUGGAGAAAGUCAGCCCUGACCCAGUGCCAUACACCGAGGAGGCCAUCACAGCUGAAUCAGAGCCUCGGACAAAAAUUGUGUUUCAGAUAGGCGGUGAUUCCGAAUUAGAUGAAAAUAGUGAAUGCCAGAGUCAUCAGGAUGAGUAUUAUCCAUCACCCGGCGAGGCUAUCAAGGCAUCAGCGUCCUGUCUAUCAGUACCUCAUUGUCAUGGAACUACAGCUCUGCUGCACAAUGAACGAUAUAUGAGAGGUUUAUGUGUUUCAAUGCCGAGUGUCAGAGACGACCCUGUGCACCAGGAGAACAGACUGAGGCCACACAAAUCUGCAGAGGCCAUCGUUCCAGCUGACAAUGAAGCCCCUUCAUCUAAAUCCAACAUUUUGGAUUCGAGAGCAAAUAUAAAACCUGUCCUGCGGGAACUUUAUUCAUCUAUUCACUGCAUCAGAAGUGCAACUGAAACCAACACAACAUCCAACCUUGAGAAGUCCAACAGCCUUCCUGAUUUCUCAACACAAGUGGCAUCAGUGUUGGGCUCGUCAUGUAAAGCCUUUGUGUCAUUCUUAUCAGUGAUGACUCUGCGAGAUAACCUAACAGGAUCUGCGCCGGGAGACUGCACCCAAUCAAGAAGCCCCUCAGAGGCCAUGCUGAUGGUGGAAUCCCUGCAAAAGAUUUCUGCCAUCGAGGACGAGGAAGAGCUGAGGGCUAGUUUGACGGAUCUACAGAGCAGAGCAUCUUCUCAGUUCAGAGAACGCUGGAAGGAUUUCCAGAUUCUGAGGGAAAGGCUUGACAGUGAACCGCUGUCUUCCAAAGUUUCAGAAACAGAAUUUGCGCUGGAUCUUUUCUCCGAAAGGGGUGAUGCAUUUGAGGAUCUUGACGAGCUGAUGGAUGAGCUGAAUAUGCCGCAAGACCUCAGAGAAGAGAUUUCUUCAACAAUCCAACAAGCUAAAAGUUUUUACCCUGUAGAGGACAGCACUUUUGUAGAAACUGAAAGAAACCAAUCGGACUCAGAGGAAGAUGUGGAAACAUUUGUUAAAGAAUGCAACGAUGAAACAAAACAAUCACCUGAGCCUGAUACCUGCAUGGCUGAGGACACUACUCAGACAAAACAGGAUGAUGAUAAUGGAGAGAUAGAUAACUUAAAGAAAAUGCAAUCUGUGUAUACUAAACAGGCCAAGAUGACGACCGAGUCAGAGCAAGAACCUGAGAAAGAAUCAGAAAUAUCCCAGACAGAAGGAGAUGAGCCCUUAACAGAGAAAGAAAAUGACAAGGAAGAAGGGGAACACAUAGAGGAUAGGGAGGUGGUGAAGGACAGAGAGGAUGGACAUACAAAUGAGAUAAUUUAUGAUAAUGAUGAUGAUGGUGAUGAUGAUGAUGAUGAUGAUGGUUGUGGUGAAGAGACUGAAAAGACAGAAAAGGAAGAUACAGAAGAGGGGGCAGUGACAGAAGUGGAUGUCAAGGGAGAGGAGGAAUCAGAAAAGGAAAAGGGAAGUGUAGAGGAGGAGGAGGAAUCUGUUCAGGAAGUAGAUGGAGGGGCACAGGGAAAUAUGACAGUGGAUGAAGAGGAAGAGGGGCAGAAAUUAGAAGAAACAGAGGAGGGAUUAAUGGAUGCAGAAGCUCAACAAGCAAGAGAGUAUGAUAGUGUUAAUGAGACAGAUGAGAGAGAGGGUGUUGAUGAGACAGAGGAAGGGGAGUAUGAGGUUGAUGAAGAAGAAAGGGGGGAGGAAUGUAGAACUGAGGUGAGGCAAGGUGAAGAGAUUGAAGAAGAGGCAAAUGAGGUUAUUGAGGAGUCAGAUCAAGGAGAGGAACCAGAUGAAGGAGAGAUAGUAGGAAAUAUCGAAGAAGUGGAGGAGGAGGAGGAGGAAGAGGAAAAAGAAGCAGAUGAGGUUAUUGGGGAGACAGAUGAAGGAGAAGAAGUAGGAAAUAUUGAAGAAGUUGAGGAGGAGGAGGAAGAGGAAGAAGAAGCAGAUGAGGUUAUUGGGGAGACAGAUGAAGGAGAAGAAACUGAUGAAGAAGAGGAAGUAGGAGAUAUUGAACAAGAAGAGGAGGAGGAACAAGAAGCAGGUGCGUUUACUGAAGAUGUUGAGGAGGAAACAGAGAAAGGUAUUGAGGUGGAAAACAAAGAAGAGGAAAUGAAGGAGGUUAUUGAGGAGAAAGGUGAGGAAGAUGAAGAAAAUGUUGUUGAGGAAAGAGAUGAGGAAGAGGACAAAACCGAGGUGGUUAGUGAGGAAGACAAUGAGAAGGAAGAUGAGGAGGAGGAAGAGAGAGAACAAGAGGUGGGGAAGGAUGGGGAUGACGUUGAGGUCAUACAUAUAAAAGAAAGGGGGACGACAGAUGAGGAAGAGGAAGAAGAUGACAUUGAUAUGAAUAUAGAAGAGGAAGAGAGGUGUGACGAGGGUGAGGAGAGCAGGAAAGAGCUGGAGAAAACAGUAAAUAGUCUUGAGGAAGAAUCAGAAGAAGAGAAAGAAGUUGUAGAGGAGAUUGAAGAAAACAUGAAAACAGGGCAAAUGCUAGAUGAAGAGGAGAGGGAAGAUGAUGAAGAACACAAAAGUAAUGAGUCAAAUGAGGGGUUAGACGAGGAUGAAGAGCAAGAAUCAAAGGAUGAGGUACAGGACGAAAAUGGUACUGAUGAUGCAGACAGUAUUACUAGUGGUACAGAUGGUAAAAACCUACUAGAGGAGGCUUCGUAUUUGCUGCAGCAGAGUAGCUGUGAUGAAGCAAAUGGAGACGCAAAGGUAGCAGAACACAACACUGAAUCAUCAACCAAAUAUUCCUCUGAGGGUCAGUGUGAGGAUGAUAAAGGUAAUGGAACAGACACAGUUAAUGAACUUGAAACAGACGAGGGAGGGGAGCCUCCCGAGGAAGGACGCAGUAGUCUACAACACCCAGCGGAAAUAUCACAGGAAUUACUUGACUUUGUUAACUCUGCCCUGCAGUCCUCUUCACUUAUAUUCACGUACGACACUCAGGGGAAAAUCAGGAUAGAGACAGAUAACACUCGAGUUACACAAGCUAAACAAACUGUUAUUCCAAAAAGUAGACAGGAUGUUUUGUACAGCUUAAAGCGUCUCCCGAGCCCGAGCACUUCAGAUUUGUCUGAUUACAGGCCAGAAACGUCAGAGAGUGGUGGAUAUAAAACUCUGUCUGUAGAUAUUGUCACUGAGAGUGGAGAAGAGGGUUCUCCAGUCUGCGGACGUAAGACUGAUAUCCCUAACAGGAGAACAAAUGCGGAGCGAGCUAACUCCAAACUGUCUGUUGCAAGUCAUACAGAAGUCUUGCAAAAUGCCCCGUUCAAAAGUGAAGGGAGUUUCUCUUCUGACUCAGGCACCAAAGCCUCAAAGGAGGAUCUGUCUUAUUUCAGUGCUGCGAGCUCACAAAAGGCAGAUGCCGAACCUGCCACAGAGACCACACGGUGCAUUUCUUUCACCCCAGAAAAAGACUCAGCUGAUGGGGUUUUGAUCGACCAAGGUAGAUGGCUGCUCAAGGAGAAUCACCUUAUCAGAAAAUCCCCUCCAGUCUCCCUGGGAAUGUACAGUCAUUUAGAUAGCACAUCUAUAGAUACAGAUCAGGAGAACACUAGCAAAGAGUCCCCAUCGCAUUGGAAAUCCCAGCACAACCCUCUUGAAGCCAUAUCCUCAUCAGAGCUUGAGGAGAUGGCGAAGCCUCUAACACCGAAGUGCACCUACUACAACAUGCCACAUGGAAGCGAUUCUGACCCCUUUUUGGAUGAUUCCAGUGUCAAAAGUGGGAAAAAAGAUGCAAGCAGUGUCAAAGGGAGGGGUUUCAGGGUGUCACCUACGAUUGAUACGUCCAAAACCUGGGCAAGUAAAAAUGGUAGUCUGUCUUCAUUUGCAUCAGUUGAGUUUAAAAUGCCAGACAGUAAAGUGCAUCCUGAGGAGGAGUCCUCAGCUGUGGCAAAGGCAAGACGGACAUCUAGUGGAGGAGGACGUGUACUGCAAUCACAAGACUCCCUUGACACGCUACCUGUGAGAUGUGGCCAAUACUGCCCCAUACUAUAA